CAACCUCUGUGAGGUCAAAACUGGAGUCAGUCGCUAGGAGGCGCCACCUCUCGGUAACGGUUCUCUGCAUGUGACCAUCCCCCAUCAAACCAAGCACUUGCACCGUCAACAUCCAUUAUUGGCGAGAUAGCCCGCGUCUUCGAUAGUUGCGUUUUGAAGGAACUGCCGGGUUUGAUACCAUUCACCUGCAAUCAACCAAAGACUGAUUUCUCAAGUAAAAAACAGAUCUGUUCUUCCUGUCCAAAAUGGUGAAGAUAUUUGUUGGCAACGUCGCUUCAGAGACCACUGAAGAAGAGCUACGAGCUUUGUUCGAAAAGUACGGUUCGGUGUCCGACUGUGACAUUCUAAAGAACUAUGGCUUUGUACAUAUGGAUGAGGAAGAGGACGCUCAGAAGGCUGUCUCCGCUUUACACAAGCACGAGCUGAAUGGCUCUCGUAUCACUGUAGAGUAUGCCACCACAAAGGUGCGCAAUGCCACCAAGAUCUACGUGGGCAAUGUUCCUGAAGGUGUCACGGCAGCCAAAAUAAAGGAGCUCUUCCAGCCGUUUGGCAAGGUGGUGGAGUGUGAUAUCGUAAAGAACUAUGCAUUCGUUCACAUGCAGAGGGAAAGCGAGGCUCUGCAGGCUAUUUCAGAGCUUAACCACUCCAAAGUUGAGGGCCAAAAGAUCUUUGUUUCUCUGUCUCGCAAUAAUCCGUCCAGAAAUGGCAGAGGGGAGGACUUCUUUCCUCCUCCUCCACAUCACUAUCCACCUCACCCACACCACCAUCCCCACUUUCUCCCACCACGCCCGCCGCCCCGUGACUAUUAUCCACCCCGUGGUCGAAUUCCACCCCCUCCUCUCCCACCUCCGCCACCACGCGCUUACUACGAGCGUGAUAUGUACGAGAGGGGCCCUCGCCAUGACCCGUACGCUGCCGUCUCCCCGCGUUUUUACGAUCGGGAUCCAUAUGACAGACGCCCUCCGCCCCCUCAGCGACCACUCACGCCUCCUCUCGCCCCUCGCUACUACCGCGAGCGCAGUCCUCUUGGUGGUCGUCGCUCUCUCCUGCCUCCGCCUCCCCCUCCACCCUCUUCUGCCGGCUACGCCCGUGGUUUCGCCCGCAAUGGUGCUAGCUCGGUUCCGCCUCCCCCUUCCACCGCUGCUUCCUCCCACUAUCAGCGCUACUCUAUUGGUUCAGGCUUUGAUAAGGAUGAUUAUUUGGAGGACAAGUACAGCAAUGGCUUCAGCCGUAGCUACUAGGCAUGCUUUGUCCUGGAAUUUCAUAGUCCCUUUUUAUUAUUUGACGGGACAAGUAAUCGAAGAGGGACGAACCUUCAGGGAGUUAGAGAGGAAUUUUGUAGUACUCUGUGGUUGUAGCUAUUUUAGACAACGGGUCAAACAGCUAAUACUGUACUCAUUUAUUAAUAGAAUUACCUCUGGCCAAUGAAGGAAUUGCAAAUUGAAAGUUAAAUAUACCUGUUUUUUAUAGCAUGUAAAAUGUACUAUAAUUGCGAUUUCAUAUCAGUUUAAAUAUUUUGUUAAGUGACCCGUGUUUUUUUGGUGACUUAAGUUGUUUUUGUUUUAAACAUUUUUAGGGAAUUUGCUGAGGUUGUACAAUACAAAAUAAUUUUCUGAUUGGUAGAGUUAAAAAAAAAAGAGUGUUUGGAUUAUCAUUGGUUUUUCUUUAGAGCUAAAGUCUAAGAAAGAAGUCAUUUUCAAUGUUUACCUGCGUUUAUUUUUCUUAUAUUUUCCUUUUUUUGUCACCAUCUUUCCAGGGGUCGGAGAGGCAAAUCUAAAUACCAUGUCUCUGAAAGCAAAUUGUAUAGAUAAUGUUCAGUCCUGCAUCAUAGUUGCUUUUUCAUUUUUGUUCUCAAUUUUUUUCUUAAAUUCAAGUUAAUUUAUUUUUGUUAAAUCUCUUCCAUGGAUUACCCGGGUGUAGGCAAAUUGCUUUGGUAUGUUGCUAGAAGUAAUGUUCGAUGAGAGUGGGAAGGAACAGAGAGGAAACGGGUUGAGGUGGUUGUGGGCGGAGCUAUGUGCUAACUGACUGAUCAACCUAUCACAUCUACAAGUCGCCCAACUUUCGGAUUCGCCGCCGCAUCGUCGGAUAAAGCACCACCGGUCAAAGGAAGCUCGGGAAAACAAAUGACCAACCACAUGCUGACCGUCUAACACACUUAAAACAACGCUGAUUCAUUAGUGCAAUUUGUACACUGUAUUUCGAUAUUACGCUGUUUUAGAAAAUAGCUGAUUUUUCGACUCCGCAGACUCUUCAGAAAGUUUUUAAAUAUGAUAGAAUUACUUUGGCUUUACAUUAUAAUGGACGUGUUUGUGAUUGAAAGUAUUACUGAAUACUUAACAUUGUUACCUGUUCUACUUGUACUACUGCUGUGCAUACGACAUCAUUGUAAGCGUACAACUCUGUUAAAAUGUACGUAUGUUAAAAAUUCUUUAAACCUGUUUCUCGACUGUUGACCCGAAACCGCUACCUUUACCAUCUUGUCCAUUCGAACACCAUUGCGAUUGUUUGGAAAUGAUUAGAAAUAUAUAUGCUUGUUUUGAUUAAAUAUAAAAACCUGUUUUACCAAUCGCUGUUCACCAUCUAGCCGCCUGAAUAAAAUGUCGACUGACUUAGAUGAAACGUU